AUGUCGGACAAAAUUACCAUUGACCCCGAUUUCUACACCCUGACGAAGGAUUGGGAGCCCGUUGACUUCGAGUCGGAAACUACAUCUCUUGCGUCGACGAUUGCAAGAGUCUUCAGUCACCUCAUGUUUCUUUUGCUAGAGUACCAGGAGAAAUGUCCUCUUCAUCGAGCUCCUCUACCAAAAUCUCCCAAGCAUAUCCUAGACAUUGGCACCGGCAAAGGCACCUGGGCUAUCGACAUCGCUGAUCAAUAUCCGUCGGCGACUGUCCGUGGUGUUGAUAUUUUCCCACCCCCCGUGACUUGGAUGCCACCAAACUGUAUAUUCGAAGUAGACGACAUCUUACGUGAAUGGACGUGGGAAAAGCCAUUUGACUUCAUUCACCUUCGCUUGAUGCUGGGAGCAUUUACACCCGAAGGGUGGCAGCAAGUUUACAGGCAGUGCUAUGAGUCUCUUGCUCCAGGUUGCUGGAUUGAGCAGAUCGAACUAGACGUCCGAGUGUAUAGUGACGAUGGUUCCAUGAAGAGCGAUAGCUAUUUAGCUGGCUGGGGUGAUAACUUUAUUGGUUGCUCUGAGCGAGCCGGUCGCUCGCUCCUAACACAGGAGACAAUGCGAUCUUCCAUGGAGAAGGCUGGGUUCGUUGAUACUCACGAAAAGCUUUACAAGAUCCCUCUGGGUCCCUGGCCAAAGGACAAAAUACUUAAGGAAGUUGGUCAACUUCAAUACCUCCAUUGGACUGCUGCUCUGGAAGGCUGGGCUCUCUGGCUGCUCACUAAGUUUGGAGCGCCCUCCCCGUGGAGCAAUGAGGAGGUUCAGGUCUACCUAGCCAAUGUCAGAUCCGAAUUGAGGAAUCCCCGCAUUCAUGCCUAUGAACUCGCUCGCAGAGUCUGGGCCAGAAAGCCAACUGAGGAGGAGCUUCGAACGCGCCCCGAGGUCAAACAGAGCCCCGAUGAAUAG